CUCAUCAAUACUUGGUCAUCAUGCGCAUCUCAAUCGCCUUGAACAGCAUGGCCCUUGCGAUCUCGGUCGCGGCCUUGCCCCUGGAUAAUUCGUCCAACAUGUCGAACAUAUAUGUGCCAUCCGGCAUGUACUUGGCGGACAACGGAGCCAUCUUACCAAUUCUUGCUCGCCGUCAGGACAUCGACUUUGAUCUCGUGGACCAGGCACCAGAACCGACCGUGGCAAUUGACGACUCGAGCAACUACAACCAACAAGCUGCCAUUGAUGCUGUUAUCAGCGAGGUCGAAGCCAANCCCCUUCCUCAGAGACGCGGUCUUCAUCGCCGUGAUAUUGUGAUCGAGACCAGCUCCGGCUAUACACCCAACGUCCAGAUCAAGGAUGCCGCCAUGAGUGUGCCCAAGAAUUGCCANGGGCUCGUUUUGAAGGAUACUUUCCUCGGUUCAAAACUCUUCACCACUGGACCUUUUGAUACUACUCUUUGUGCUGCUGCUUGCACAGUGAAUACAAUGUUCGCCAUCCUCCCGCGACUGGUGUCGCAAAGACUUGCCAAUUCUACAACACCUAUGCAAUGUACAGGGACGGCGUCUACCAAGGCCAGUAUUGCCUGGGAUGCAAGCUACGCCAAGAACGAUGGACAAUGGCGCGGAAGCGUUCACUACACCAUGGGUAUGAGCUACAUUGCUUCCAACGCAACCCAAUCAGGCGAUGUCAGCUGUCCAUCUGAUGUCCCCUACCUCAGUCAGAAUGGAGCAGCUUUCUGUACCGCUUUCAUCGACUACGUCCCUCCUACAUCAACAGUGUCGACCCUCACUGUCACUCCUGCCGUUUAUGUUUUGACUUCUACUCAGAGCAGCGUCAUCGUCAACACCCUCUACAGUACUCAACUUACCACUGAUGUACAAAUCGCAACUGUCACUCGCAACUACAAGAGAGAUGUGCAGACACCUGCAUCUCUGUCGACCUGGUCUCCGUCCCGUAUCUCUGCUGCCUGUUCGUCGGUUGCAACCGGCACUGAGAUAGUCACUGCUACCGAGACCGCGGUCACUCCUCUUAGCACCACUUUCACCACUCAGAUGAAAACACAAACUCAGACUGUCCCCACCACUGUUGUGAUCAAGGCUACUACGACAAAGUCUGUAGAUCCUGUCGCAACUCCUAUCAAGGGACUCAACACNAUUCAAAAUCCUUCCUUCGAGAACGGUCAGAAUGGUUGGUCGGUCCAAUAUCCCAACGGAUUCAGCUGGAUCUCGAACGCAUAUGUGUUUUCUUAUGCUGGCGCAGCUCAAUCCGGAAGCGGUUACGCUAUCACCCACGUUGGCAACGGCGCUAUGGACUGGGUUCAAACCUUGACUGGUCUGUCAACUACUGCAGCAUACCAUUUGACUUUCUACACAUGGACUGGGCUCAACGGCAAUCCAUGCUCGCUGCAGGUUAUCCUGGGGUCUGAUGUGCUGCUCAAUGUGGCCCUCACUAACAGCCGAGGAGGCGGAUCAGCCGGUUAUGACAAACGUGAUCUGGAUGUUCAGCCUACAGCUUACAGAGAAGAUCUGCGUAUCCGCUUGACCUGCACAAACCCCAGUACCACUGCAAACUUGUUCAUGGACAGCUUCUCGUUCUAUGCAGCC